CCCGCCAUUAUCAUAAUUGUUGCAGAGUAAGGCGUGUUCAAUAAAUAUUUUACCCAGGAAACUGCAGACAAUUGGUUCCAAAGUUCAAGGUAUAAUAUUCAAGGGGACAGAUCACAGGAGAGAAGAGGACGCGUAAAAGAAAUUCUUCCAGUUCAUUCAUUUGUUAGACCUAGGAGAAAUCCGUCGUUGGCGUCUGCUGGAAUACAGACAACGCGAACAAGAAGAGACAAAAACAUGGCAGAAGGCAGCAGUCCAAAAGGCAACACUGGAGUGUUUGCUAAAAAAGUACAAAGGCAACUGAGCAGAGGAAAGGAAAAGGUGUUGCAGAGGCUGGGAAAGACGGUGGAGACGAGAGACGACCAGUUUGACCACUGUCUAAACAGAUUCAAUGACCAACAGACAGAUGGGAACCGAAUAUACAAGGACCUGAAGGUCUACCUCAGUGCAGUAAGAGAAAUGCGUGAAGCUUCAAGACGCCUCUCCCAGUCUCUUUUUGAUUCUUAUGACACAGAGUGGACUGGAGAGGAGGACUUGGGAGCCAUUGUUGAGGGUGAGGACCUGCUAUGGAAUGACUUUGAGGUGAAGCUGGUGGACCAGGCAAUACACACCAUGGAGUCCUACAUGGCCCAGUUCCCGGAUGUCAGGGAGAAAAUUUCCAAAAGAGGAAGGAAAUUGGUUGACUACGAUUCUUCCCGUCAUCACCUGGAGGCGCUGCAGACUGCUAAGAAGAGGGACGACGUCAAAAUAUUAAAGGCAGAGGAAGAACUAAACGCUACCAGAAAGGUCUACGAAGGGAUCAACGAUGAACUAAAGCAAGAGCUACCCACUUUCCUCGAUAGCCGUAUUGGAUGCUACGUGGGAGUCUUCUCGGCUGUUGCAACUUUACGGGAAAUCUUUUAUAAGGAGCUGAACACGCUCAACCAUGAUUUGCACAACGUGAUGAAGGAGCUACAGGCUCAGCAUCCAGACAAGGUGUUUGUUGUGAGGGGACUGCAACGGUAUGGCUCACUGAAAAGACGAUCUCUGAUAUCCCCUAAGUCAUGGAAGUCCAGCUUCUCUGAAUUUCAUAUGAACUAUAGCCCCAGACUUGCCCAUCAAAAGUUCAGUUUCAAGUCCCCCGAUAAGUCUCGCAACAAUAACACCCUGUCCAGGGAGAACAGUAAACUUGCGGUCUACCCACAAUCCCCCCCUCCGGAUGGCUCAUCUUCAGAGCUCAGGGAGCUGGAUGAAGAAUCCAACCACAGUGAUGGCGAUAGCUCUUCUGCAGAGGUCAAGUCUGGGUCUGACAGGGAAGACUCUAAAAUAGAGACCGCUGGUGUUGAGUCCAGCGGAGAUGCGAAUCGAGGGGAAGAAAAUGAUGAAGGAGGGGUGGCUGAGCCAAAACUACCUUCGGGCCAACAUUCAAUCACCUCUGACAACAAAGGGGAAGGAGAGAAACCUCCACUGAGUGAGAGCAGCUCAGAACCUAACAACUCAUACGAUUCAGGGAGCCUGGAGCUCCAGCUCUCUGCAGUAGAAAGCAGCCGACUGUACAUAGAGGAAAGCAUAGACAGCCAGGUGGCUCCUCAGAUCCCACAAACCAAUGGGCUAGAGGAUGGAGCAGUUUCUGGCCUUGGGGCUGACUCCAAACCUCUUCAAUCGCCCCACAAGGAUGCUCCUAUUGAAAACCAAGCAUCUCUGGAU